CUUCUGUGUUAUGCCAGCUGUUCGACUGACAACAACUCACCCUCGUAUUUAACUUGUUAAAAAUGGAUUUUGAUUUGCAAGACGAUGCUGAAAGUGACGAUAGCUUUUUUGAAGAACCGAAAGUGCUCGCAAAGCGCGGUAGCCUAACCAAAACCAGUGAGAAAAAGUCUGUGGAGUCUCUCUUCGGCCUUAGUGAAAAAUCAGCGGAAAAUGUGACAAAAAUUGAACCUGAGAAGCCUAAACACACGGUUACGUUUGAUGAUUCUAUCAAGAAGGUGGACUCUAGUUCAAAGGGAAAGGAAGAUUGGUUGGGCGAUCCAGAUAAUGUUAUUGAAAAGCACAGCAGAAAGACGGACUUGUUGGAUGAUAUUCUGCCGGUGCGGUCAAAAUCUUCCAAGCCUGAGAAAAAAGUUACCACGUUCGAUGAUAUACUGAAGGAUUCCAAGUUUGUUAGCAAUCCAAGGCCAAGUACUCCGGUUAAAGAGGUAUUCAGCAUGGCAUCCAAGCCUUCUGGAGAUACAGGAAUUCUAACAAACGUCUCCAGAGAUAGAAGGAGAAUGAGAAGAGGGUCAUCUACAGGUAUUGAAGAUGCGUUAGGAUUGUUUGGAGAUGACUACCAAUCUGGCGAUUUCUAUACUAAAGAUAAAGUUGAGAAGAAAGACAUCAUAUCUUCUAAGCAGGCUGAAGAAGUACAAAUUAAAGGUGCUUCGGAAAAAGGCUUCCCAGACUGGCUAGGAGCUCCACUCCCCAGCGUAAACAAAUCAGACACUUCAUUGACAACCAAAACAACAACUGAUGGCACAAUUGAUCUGAAGACCGACAAGAAAGACAUUGAAGAUUCAAAAGAACCCACAAAGAGUAUCAGCAAAACUAGUACCGUCGCUACAAUCAACCCUCAGCAUAUCAACUUGGAUAUCCAAAAUGCGUACUCGUCGCUUCAUGCUCAAGAAUCGUUCUUGUUGGUCUCAUUGCAACUGAAGAAGUAUGAAGAGUCCUUGAACGAGAUUAGAGAGCAACAGAAAGAUAUACUCUCCAAACAAGAGAGACAGUUACAUGGUUUGUUAGAAGAAUAUAUCAUGAAGCAACAAAUGACUGAAAAUAACGUAAGGCUUCAACAAGAGAGAAUCAACAAUCAAAUACAAAUGCUGCUGUCGAGCUCUCUGUCUAACCCAGGACAAGGAGAAAACUCAUCUCAAAGUGGCAUCCAUGAAGAAAAGUCUGAGGAGAUGAAAAAUCUGAUAAAUUCAAUCAAGCAAAGACACGAUGAAGAGAUGAUCCUGAUGGAAGAAUCAUACAAAAAGCAGCUGGAUAUUCUGGAACAUGCAUCAAACACUAUGGAAGAGAAACUGAAGACCAACAUGACGAGUUUGUCUGAAAUGUUUGACGAUAAGUUGAAAAACGUUAAACAAAAAUUCGAAGAAGAAAUAGACUUCUACAAAAAUAAACUAAAAGCUGUUGAAGAGCAGCAUAAAGAAGAGGUGACACUCUUAAAAGAUAGCCACAACAGAAUAAUUGAAGAGUUGAAACUGGAGCACUCCAUCCAGGUCGAGUACAUAAAGCAGAUGAAACAGCAAGAGACAUCUGUGUUGGGUAGCAGCGAAACGUACUCAAAGAAGUUAGAGAGUAGCUUGGAGACACUGGCAACAAACGCUCAAUUUUUACAGAAUUUGGGUGAAAAGGUUUCUCAAAACUAUGAUGUUCUGGCUAAAUCCAGGGAAAGCACAAUUGAAGCUAAGGAAAAGGAGAUAAUACUUAUGAGGAACGCUUUGGAGAAGAGUAGAGAAUCAACGGAAAAGGAGAGAUCUCAGAUGAUGGCACUUGUGAGAAACCUGGAACUGAAAUUGGCUGAACAAAGGGCCAAUGCUUCCGAAGACAGAUGGGUUCUUCAACAAGCUUCUGCUACGUUGACAGCUAGAGCAGCUGCCAUUGAAAGGGAGGCUGAAUAUAACAGGACUAUUAUGGAGAGGGAAAGAGAACAGCUGAAGACUUUGAAGGAAUCUUUAUUAGCCGAUCAAGAAAAAUCCAUGAUGCAACUGACAGAGGAGAAACUACAACUGCAAAAAGACCGAUCUAGAUUUGAAACAUCGUGCAAACUGACAAACACCUACGAGAUAGAAAGAAUGAAAGCAGAGGCAGAAUCAGCAAUACAAACAGCAAAGGAGCUGACAGAUAGAGUAAACAACGAAAGAGCUCAGCUGCAAAGACAGAGAAACGAACUUGACACUUUGAAGCGGGACCUAUUAGAGCGAGAGAGGGAAAUCGAAGAGAAAGAAGUGGAGCUAGAAUUCCUGAUGCAAGAUGCACAGACAAAGUUGAAAGAAGACAAAAAGAUAUUGAUGGAAGCGAAGAGGAUGGAGAUUCUUUAUAAGGAGAGAUUACAAGAACUACAAAACCAAAUGGCCUUACUGAGCAGUAGGGAAAAGAAAAUAGCUGAGGAGAAGGUGUUGUUAUCUAGAGAAAGGGUGGCGCUGUACACGCAGUUGAAGUCGAAAAAUUGUGCGUUGUGCAAGGCGGAUGAGGACUCGUCGAGGAGCGAACAUUAUGGACUGAAAAAUCAAGAGACUAUAACAAAAGUCAAAUAAAUAAUUAGUUUACAUUGUUAUGUGUUCAUAUAUGUACUUUUUCAAGAUACUAAGAAUUUAAUCCAAAACUAUGUUCCAAAA